AUGUUUGCAGUCCCUGGUUGGGCUGUCUCUGCAGACAAUCUCAAAGCAGAGAAUGCCAAUAAUACCACUCAACCCGCCAAAGAGACUAACGUCUCAAAAAAGCGGAAGAGACAUGCUGUUCCCGCUAAUGUCACCUCAGCGAACGUCGCAGACUUAUGGGAACAAGUCAUUGAAGGGAGGGAGGGCAAGAAGUCCAAAACAAAUCGCGAUGGAUUAGACAGCCCAAGCAACAACAAGAAGUCGCUGCCAGAUGGUGCCCCGCGACUGACCCUAAAAGAAAAGAAAAAGUUGAAGAAGCAGAGAGAGAAAGAGUCAAACCAUACUGUGGAUGAACAUGCCACACAAGAUGGCCAAGUCCAAACAUCACUACACGGCGCUUCAGGUGAAGAGGGCUCAGGCGAAGCGAAGAAGAAAAGUAGUAGGAAGUCGACAGGCCCAAAGGGCGUCAACAAGGAUUAUCACGACAGCGACCAACAGAGCCAGCCGCCAUCAGCGAAAUCACAACCCAAAGCACCUGCUGGCCCAUCGGCUCCUAAGCUUACUCCUAUGCAAGCUGCGAUGAAGGAGAAGCUCAUAUCCGCCCGCUUCCGCCAUCUCAAUGAGACUCUCUACACAAAGCCUUCAGAUGAAGCCUUUCAGCUAUUUCAGCAUUCACCAGAAAUGUUUCAGGAAUACCAUGAAGGAUUCCGUCGUCAGGUUAAUGUGUGGCCAGAAAACCCGGUAGAUGCCUAUAUAGAGGACAUCAAGCUACGAGGUCGACAAAGGUAUCCACACAAAUCUAAGCCAGGCACAGUGGCCUCUGCUGUAUCGUCCGGUGCUCUCCCUCUUGUGAGGACGAACGGCAUUUGUACCAUUGCAGAUCUCGGCUGUGGCGAUGCCAAGCUUGCCACUGCACUCCAGUCUGAGAAGAAGAAGCUGCACCUCGAAAUCCUAAGUUACGACUUGCAAAGUCCAAGUCCCCUUGUCACUAAGGCCGAUAUUGCGCACCUACCCCUGGCCGAUGGAAGUGUCGAUGUUGUUAUUUUCUGCCUCGCUCUCAUGGGCACAAACUGGCUUGAUUUCAUCGAGGAGGCUUAUCGGAUAUUGCAUUGGAAAGGCGAACUUUGGGUUGCCGAGAUCAAGAGCCGGUUUGGCCAUGUGAGCAACAAGAACAAAAGUGUACCGGUGAAUCACAGCGUAGGUAAUCGGAAGAAAAAUCAGGAGAAGAAGGGUAAGGGUAAGGGCAAGGAUGUGGACACUGAAGAGAGCCAUAAAGCGGAUCUUGCUAUCGAGGUUGACGGCGGCGAAGACAAACGCCAAGAGACCGAUGUCACAGCAUUUGUAGAGGCGCUGCGAAGACGAGGUUUCGUGUUGCAAGGAGACGAGAAAGCGGCGGUCGAUAUGAGAAACAAGAUGUUUGUCAAAAUGCAUUUCACCAAGGCUGCUCAACCCUCUCUCGGAAAGGGGGCUGUAGAGGCAAGAGAGUCGGGUCGCAGCGGAAAGAAAGGUGGCGUCAGAUUCAUCGACUCUGAAGAACAGGAUGUCGUGGAUGAGAGCAAGAUUCUCAAAGCUUCUGUCUACAAGAUUCGGUAG